GCGUCAGCCUCUCCGAGUUCUCUUCGUCAUAAUCAGCAUGACAAUGGCCAUGGCGUCAGUGAAGGGAGAGAACGUUGUUGUAUCUGCUGCAGCGGCAGCUCCCCGGAUGAAGAAGCUGGCGAGCAUGCUUUGCAUGAAGGGAGGGAGCGGUGAUGGCAGCUAUCUCAACAACUCCCAAGCUCAGCGGCCGCGACGUCCCCGAGUUCCAGGUCUUCUUCUCAGACCUCCCCAGCAACGACUUCAACACACUGUUCCAGCUGCUCCCGCCGCUCCUCGCGCCGGCGGCCGGCAGCCUCGAGGAGUGCCUGGUCGCAGGCGAAGGCUCGACGGCGACGACACGGCCGUACCUCGCGGCCGGUGUCCCGGGGACGUUCUACGGGCGCCUCUUCCCCGGCGGCUCCAUCAACGUGUUCACCUCCACCUUCUCCCUGCACUGGCUCUCGCAGGUGCCGGACGAGGUCAGUGACAGCACGUCGGCGGCGUACAACGGCGGGCGGGUGUUCGUCCACCGCGCCACGGAGGCCACCGCCGCCGCGUACAAGCGCCAGUUCCAGGCCGACCUCGCCCGCUUCCUGCAGUCGCGGGCGCGUGAGCUGAAGCGCGGCGGCGCCAUGUUCCUCGCCUGCCUCGGCCGGACCUCCGCCGACCCGGCCGACCAAGGCGGCGCCGGCCUCCUCUUCGGCACGCACUUCCAGGACCCGUGGGGCGAUCUCGUCCGGGAGGGCGUGGUGGAGAGGGAGAAGCGGGACAGCUUCAAUAUCCCGGUGUACGCGCCGAGCCUGCAGGAGUUCCGCGACAUGGUGCGCGCGCACGGCGCGUUCGCGAUCGACAGGCUCGAGCUGGUGAAGGGAGGGAGUCCGCUGGUCGUGGACCGGCCAGACGACGCGGCGGAGGUCGGCCGCGCCAUGGCGAACAGCUGCAAGGCCGUGGCCGGGGUGCUCGUGGACGCGCACAUCGGCGAGCGCCGCGGCGCGGUGCUGUUCGAGCGGCUGGAGCGGCGCGCGGCGAGGCACGCGAGGGAGCUCGUGGAGAAGGUGCACUUCUUCCACGUGGUUUGCUCGCUCUCCUUGGCGCCGUAAUUAACCGCAUCGCAAGCUUUGCUUACCAUAUUGGUAGUUAAGUUCGCUGAGCCCGUUUUGAGUGGUUACGCACGAAUUUGCUGUUACUUUUCUUUCUUUUCCUAAGUCUCGAUGAGAUGAGUUCUACGUUUGUACUGCACGUGAGCACGUCCACGUGUUAACAGUGAUUUGUACCAGUGAGCAUGCAUAUUUGUAACAUAUUGCUUGAUACCAUGGCUAAGACCAUCCCAACAGAUCAGUUAUUUCUUUUUUUUUAAAAAAAAAUAGAAGAUGGAAAGUAAAAGUUAAG